AUGUCGGGUAUCGCCGCAGGCCGUCUUGCAGAAGAGAGAAAACACUGGAGAAAGGACCAUCCAUUCGGAUUCAUAGCCAAGCCAGUCAAAAAUGCCGACGGAACUUUGAACCUCUUCAACUGGGAAUGUGCAAUCCCUGGAAGAAAAGAUACCAUCUGGGAGGGUGGACUCUACAGAAUUCGAAUGCUCUUCAAAGAUGAUUUCCCAUCGACUCCACCAAAGUGCAAGUUCGAGCCCCCACUUUUCCACCCAAACGUCUAUCCAUCAGGAACAGUUUGUUUGUCGCUUCUGGAUGAGAACAAAGACUGGAAACCAUCAAUCUCUAUCAAACAGCUCCUUGUUGGAAUUCAAGAUCUGCUGAAUAAUCCAAAUAUUGAGGAUCCAGCCCAAGCCGAAGCAUAUCAAAUUUAUUGUCAAAACAGAGCUGAGUACGAGAAGCGGGUGAAGAAGGAAGCAAUCAAGUAUUCUGCUGAAAUCGUCCAAAAGCAAAUGCUUGAAUAG